AUGACGACAACCAAAAGAUCGAGCCUACCCCAGCCGAAGCAAACAAACACAACGUGCAAGAUGGCCGACAAGUACAAGCGGAAGGGCAAGGAUGGAAAGAAUGAGGUGGUCAUCAAGGUCGGCAUGGUAGGGGACAGUGAAGUCGGUAAGACCUCUCUCAUGGUCAAGUAUGUCGAAAACAAAUUCGAUGAGGACUACAUAUGCACCCUGGGAGUGAACUUCAUGGAAAAGACUGUCACUCUCGGCAAGAACGAGAUCAGCUUUUCAAUUUGGGAUCUCGGUGGUUCCCGGGAGUUCAUCACGAUGCUGCCGUUGGUGUGCGAAGAUGCCGAGGCCAUCCUGUUCAUGUUUGAUCUCACACGCAAGUCGACGCUCAUCUCCGUGCGCGAGCACACCAAGACUGCCCGGCCCUUCCUCAUCGGCACCAAGUACGACCUGUUCGCGCAAAAGGAACAGGAGGAGCAGGAGGAGAUCACCAAGCAGGCGCGCAAGUUUGCCAAGGCCAUGAAAGCGCCUCUCAUCUUCUGUUCGGCUCACUCGUCGAUCAAUGUGCAGAAGAUAUUCAAGAUCGUGUUGGCCAAGGCGUUUGAGCUCAAGUGCACGAUAGAACCCAUUACCAAGGUGGGCGAGCCAAUCCUCGAGUACUAG